AUGAAAACUUUUGCACUUCUAUUUGUUUUGUCGGCUGUUAAUUUGUGUGUUUCUGCUUUAUCAGGAAAAAAGAACAUUUGCAAUGGUCGAAACGUGUUAAAAAAAGACCCCCAAAAUUGUUGCAAAUAUCCAAAAUUACUUUUCAAUCUUGAUCAGAAAAAAGGUUGCAUAAAAGAAUGUUCUGAGAAAAAGGAAAAUAAGGAGAAAUAUUGUUUCAUAACGUGCUUGUUGAAGGACAUUUUGUCAGGCGAAAAGGAUCAAGAAGAAUCUGAUAAAGUCAAAUUUUUGACAAUUUUCUCAGAAGCAUCGGAAGAAAAAAUUUUGAGUGAAAAUUGGAAAACUGUCAUUGGAAAUUCUUUGGACACAUGCUAUGAGAAAAUUUCUGAAGUAGAAGCACGAAGUGGGAAGAUUUUGAAUUGUGUGUUUGUAGAGAAUUUCUUAAAUUGCCCAAGUCCUGUAUCAGAGCCACAAUGUGAUAAAAUGAAGGAAAUGCUAAUUGAUUGUUCGAAGACAGAACACUAUCGGAUUAAUAAGCUAAUUCCGAGAUUUUGGAAAAAGGAAAACUGA